AUCUGAUUUACUUCAAAUAAAGUUUAUUGUAGUUUCCGAGGCUUCACAUCGUGACCGAUAUAAAUAAUUCCGAGCUUAAAACAGCACCUGAAGGCAACGUCGUCGAACUGAAGCCGCGAUCGAGCAGCGCGAGCGACGGACUGGUGGGUUAGGUUUCCCCACCCUGGCAUCCCAUCACGAGUUGACGCGCGCGGAGGGUGGGGAGGGUUUGUUCCAUUCAGUCGACGGUAACUUCUCGUUGGGUUCGCCUAAACAUCCACCAGCACACAGGCGCUGCAAACGGCCCCUCGUCCUUUGGGGACAUUUCGUAUCGGUGGGCAGGGACACCCGGGACCCAGGACGGAGGCGGAAGGUGCGGCGGAGCGGACAAAGUUUUCGUGGCUACUUGUUGAACCGGCUGCGCGCGCACACACGGCUCGCUGCGGGAGGACAGGUGUCUUUGCCUUUCCCCCCCACUGACGUUGGAUUCCCGUCCUGGUGUCCGGGUCUUCUGUGUCAGCAUGAGGCUGUGACAAGACGGGGACAACGAUGGCCGAGGUGGAAAUAGACCAGUCCAACCUUCCACGUGUCCAAGAAGUGCGCCAGUGCUUCGCUGUGCUGGAGGAUGGAGCGCUGGCACACAACCUGCAGGAACAGGAGAUUGAGCAAUACUACACGACCAACAUCCACAAGAACCAGCUGGUGCAGAACGACAUCCGUGUUGCCAAAAGGCUGCAAGACGAGGAAGAAGAGGAGCAGGCCCAGCAGAGCACCCUCCACAGACAGUCCUCCAGGCGACUAGAGAUGGAGGACUUUGAAUACGCCCGUGUAGUUCAGGAGGAGAUCCAGCGUUGUGCCGAGGAGGCCCGGAGGAGGGAGCAGGAGGAUAAGGAAAUAGCUAAACAAAUGCAGGAAGAGGAGAAGGAGAGAAUCACAAGAAUAAGCAGAGGGUGGGACGGCCUUAAUGAAGGCCGCACUAUCGACCCUGCACCACCGUCCCCACGCCAGCACACACUCACUGGCCUUCACCACGGGGGGGCGCAGUACUCGUCUACCACCACCAGGUGGCAGUACUCCACUUCUCACAGCCAUUCAGACUUCACCAGGCCUCCGGCUUACUCCCCCAGGGGGGUAGACGCUCAGAAAAACACAACUCCAUGGUCGAAUCAAGGACACACCGACUCCAUUAGGGAAAACACGAGUGAAUUGAGGGAGCGUUUGAGUGAGGAUUCAGAGGACUCAGACACCGUUUUCUCUGAGAGACUGAUUGAGAGACUCGACACGGCGCCUCCUCGACGGCGGGCAUCUUUAUAUCAGCCGCCAGAGAGGAACUACAGGAGUCUUUACUCUCGCCGCAGCUACACAGAGGAGGAGAGAGGCGAAAGGACUGAGAACUAUAAUGAAAGUGGGGAUCUAGAGAGGAGGAACCGUAGGAAUUUGGAUGCCCAGAGCGAGGAGAACCGGGGUCUCCACAGUGGCAGGGAGCAGGCUAGAGACUGUAGGUCGGUUGAGGUCAGAGAAAGGCGAUCCAGUCGCAGUAAAUCUGUCAGGCUACACGACCGGAGGAAACCCAGCAACGGAGACUUGGCGAGGACCUGGAGCUGCACGGAAAACCCAGACAAACAUGUCCGAUUUCAGGAUGACACCAGGCGCUCUCCCAGGCCGCAGGGAGACGCGCUGCACGUCUGGGAGAUGCUGGGCCAGGUCCUCAGGGAGAGGGGCGUGCCUGUGAGGUUUGGCUGCAAGGGGGCGCCGCUUCAAAUAAGGCCUGCAGGCAGAGACAGCCUGGUGCUCCACGGGAGCGAGGUCUCCUGCAGCGACUCCCGACCACAUCAGGGAGCGUUCCGGAGAGCUGCCGCCACCAGGCACAGUUUCCAUGGAGAUAUCAGGGAGGGGAAGCGAUACCCAGAGAGCAGUGGGAGAGAUCACAGAGACUGGCAGAGCAAAGACAGAAAUCUUAAUGAGAUUAGUGGAAGAGACUCCAAUCAUCCUGCGCGGGGAGAGCGGGGGGGCAGCAGACGGUGGAAAGACCACAGGCGCACCGAAGGUGACGGGAGCGAGAGGAAUGCAAACCACUGCAGGGUUGAGAGGACAACGAGCCAACGGCGCAGGUUUCGGCCCGAGGCCGUAGAAGAAAGGUUAAGCUCGGAGGAGGAAGGGCGGGAGGCGGGGAGGGGAGGAGAGCGGCCCCUCCCAAGAGCCCCACAGCGCACCCGGAGCCUCGGCAGCAGCCGGGCGUCAAGCGGGGGUCGGUGGAGGCGCGCGGCAGCAGGAGCGCCGGUGCAGGCGGAGGCGGGCGGGGCCAGCCUGGACCUGCGGGAGCUGCGUCAGGUGCUGCAGGAUGAAGAACUGGCUCACAAGCUGCAGGAGGAAGAGGAACGGCUGCUGAGAAGGAACUCUCGGACCUCUCCAUGUGUUUACCCAGAGGGAGACUUCAGAGUGGCACAAGUGGCGCAGGAUGAGGAAAUUGCUCACUUUAUGCAGAAGCAGGAAAUGAAGUCCAAGCGAAGAUCUCGGGAGCUCGAGGGGCCGGAGUCGUGGCGCGAGCACAGAGGGAUGAUUAGCGGUCGAGCUGCACGGGACAGACCGGUCCAUCGAGAGAGACUCGAUUCAGAAGGCCUUCCUUCCCCCACUGAGGACGGCUCCCCAGAGAACCAGCCGCCCAGCCCCUUCGCCACGAUACCAGAAUCCCAGCAGUUCCGAAACAUUGCGGAGGAGCUGGACCCGACCUUCCAAGGCGAGAGGCCGAGCACAGAGGGCUUCGGGGGGGGGGCAGAAGGUACAACCUGUCAGUCACUCCCAAUGCCUCAAACUGGCUUGAACGACUUACUCGAGGAGGCGACUUUCAUUCCCCCCACAAAACGGAAAACGGACAAAUCCGGGCGAGUUAAAUCUAAAAAGAAGGACAAUUGCAAGCAUCAAUAAUUUCACACAUGCUGUUAGAGUGCAUUUUUAUAUAUAUGUAUUUAAGUUUGUUUGUUUUUUACUGUUUAAGGUUGAAGGUAUCUACCAGCCACCCAACCAGCACUUUAGACCAGUGGAUCAGAGAAAGAUUUGAGAGAGUGACAUUUUACAAAAUAUGCAAAUAACGACACUUUGGACUCGUGCCUUGUCCAGCUUUCAAAGGGAAAUGUAGAAAGUCUUGUUAGAAUUAUUCAGUGUUAAUCAUACAAAAUAUAUUUUUCAAUAUUUGUACUUUAUUUUUUUGCAUCCCUCCCUCAUCUGUAACCACGUGUUUUUGGAUGAGCUUAGUAGCGCUGUAGUCAUUCCUCACAGCUAAUAACAGCCACCAAAGAGCCGCCGAAAUAACAAAAAAACAGUCAAGUCGAUAACCCCGUGCUUUUAAGGACAAGCUACUUUAAGACAUCCUCUUUCUUAGUCUCUGCCAAAUUUGUGUCGUGGAAGUGUGGCGCGGCCUUGUCCAUGUUUGCGACCGUACAACGACAAUCAAUUUAACUUUUUGAAAAGCAAAUUACAACAAUCACGUUAUGUUUAGUGAUAUUUAGAUUCCAGAUGUUACCAUGUUUUCUGCGGACAGUGUAUCUCAAACUAAUCGAAGGUCAAAGAUCCACUUAUUAGGGGUUAAAACUGCGUCUUGUGGUCGUGUGAUGAAACCGCCACUCUUAAACUCUAAAAGUGGACCUUUUAUGCUCAAACUAGUCCGUGCAGAUCUGAUAAAUGUUGACAUUACAACGUGAGUUAUGUACUUAUGUCUGUUAAUAUUAUUCAUUUAUACAUUGAAUAUGUAUUCUAACACAAUAAUGGAUUAUUUGUUUAUUCAUAUUACUCCCAUCUGUAAUUACUACAUUGCCAUAUACACUACAUUGUUUUUUUUAUUAUACAAAUUAAAUAUGCCACUGCUCAGGUGGACCACUAUGAAUGCAAUUGUUCAGCAUGAAAGGGCAACAAAUAAAAUUUAAAAUUUAAA